ACCAGCCCUCAAUCACUCAUUGAACCUUCUUCAUUUCUCACUUUUUGCAUCUAAUAAUUGCCACCCCGAAACCAGCUCCACCCCUCUCUCUCUCUCUCCCUCCCCCUCUCUCUCUCUCUCUCUCUCUCUUUCCUUCUCCCUCUCUACGAUGUAGCCCGUACGACACAAUCCCGGUGCCCGAUCCUCUUUCUUCGGUAAUUGGUCUCAACACCGAAAUCCAACCUUCUCAGACCCAUCAAAAACGACAACCAUGGUGUCGUCGUCGCCGGCAGCAUCUUCGUCGUCGCCGGCAUCAACUUCGUCGUCUCAAAACCAGACCAAAAGCUACCACUCCCUCCUCGCCGCCAAGCUCAGCCACCUCACCAUCCCAUCUCCCUCCGCCGUCGCCGCCCAAGACUUUGACUUCUCGGACGUCUUCGGCGGCUCCUCAACCCCAACCAACCUUGCCGCGUCAUCGUCAACUCCAUCCAAGGGGGACCCACAUCCCCUCGUCAUCCACAACCGGUCCCACUCCUUCGUGGGCCCCUCGCCUCGCUUCGCCACCACAGCCCCUUCCCCUUUCGCCGCCCAAUUCGACUCCGACUUCGAAGACGGGAAGAGCGAAAACGGCGGCGUUUCGGCGGAGGCGGUGGAGCUGGGGAAGAAGAGGAAGUUUGGGCCGUGGGAUUUUGAGAUUCUGAGAGUUGUGGGUAAGGGCGCGUUUGGGAAGGUUUUUCAGGUGAGGAAGAAGAGGAAUGAAGAUGAAGAUGGUGAAGAUGGAGAUGGAGAUGGGAUUUACGCCAUGAAAGUUAUGAGGAAAGACCCCAUUAUAAAGAAGAAUCAUGUCGAUUACAUGAAAGCUGAAAGGGAUAUUCUCACCAAAGUUGUUCACCCUUUUAUUGUCCAGCUUCAGUACUCCUUUCAGACCAAGUCAAAGCUUUAUUUGAUUCUGGAUUUUGUGAAUGGCGGGCAUCUCUUCUUUCAUUUGUACCGGCAGGGUAUCUUCAGUGAGGAUCAGGCAAGGUUUUACACUGCUGAGAUAGUAUCCGCAGUUUCACAUCUUCAUAAAUGCGGGAUCGUGCAUCGGGAUCUUAAACCGGAAAACACUCUCGUGGACGCCGAUGGCCAUGUUCUGCUGACCGAUUUUGGAUUAGCAAAGGAAAUCGAUGAAUCGAGCAGGUCAAAUUCGAUGUGCGGGACCACAGAAUACAUGGCUCCGGAAAUCUUGAUGUCCAAAGGUCACAACAAAGAUGCGGAUUGGUGGAGUGUAGGGAUACUCAUGUAUGAGAUGCUAACUGGGCAGCCACCAUUUACCCAUGCAAACAGAAAGAAACUUCAGGAGAAAAUCAUCAAAGAGAAGAUAAAACUUCCACCUUACCUUACAAGUGAAGCUCACUCUUUGCUCAAAGGAUUAUUGCAAAAGGAACCACAAAGAAGGUUAGGCAGUGGACCUUGUGGAGGGGAUGAGAUCAAAUCCCAUAAAUGGUUUCGAACGAUUAACUGGGCGAAAUUGGAGGCCAGAGAAAUUGCCCCAAAGUUCAAGCCCGAUGUUAGUGGGAAAGAUUGCAUAGCGAAUUUCGACAAAUGCUGGACAGUAAUGCCUGCAGAUGAUUCACCAGCACCCACACCAACUGCGGGUGAACAUUUCCAGGGCUAUACUUAUGUGGCUCCCAACCCCUGGCUUUCAUCAUCUUCACAAACUUGAGGCUUCAAACAAAGUGCCUAGAAAAGAACUAAAAAGAUAUCAAAGAAUUGGCCAUUUUAACUGUCAAGCUUACCCCUUGUAAUCAUCUUAAACUAUGAUUCAAAGUAUGUUAGCAACAUCUCAUGUACAUUAUACUUUACCCUUUAAAUAAUAGCGCCUCUCAAGCCUCUCUUGGGCUUAAAUUGUAGAUGUUUGUGUCAGUUGUCCUUGUUAAUCAUCUUAAACUAUGAUUCAAAGUAUGUUAGCAACAUCUCAUGUACAUUAUACUUUACCCUUUAAAUAAUAGCGCCUCUCAAGCCUCUCUUGGGCUUAAAUUGUAGAUGUUUGUGUCAAUUUUCCUUGUUAAUCAUCUUUGCUCUC